GAUACGGUAUCGAUCACGGAGGUAGAAGGGGGAGACAUGUCUAAGAGACUUUCACAAUUCACAUAGAGUGAGGCAGCUAUUAACAGUGUGUGAUAGAGAGGCUUGCGACUUUGAUAAAGAAUGUAACACCCGUGGGAACUGGGACUGAUAGAGGACUGAGACGCUUAUACAUAUACAGAGAAAAAGCUGUGAGAGAGAAGACUGACACUGAAACAGCUUGUGCCGAGGCAUCCUGCACACACCGAUCAAUGAGUCACCUGGACUCCAGGACCAGCUUUGAUGCUGGGGAUUUGGAUGAUGGCUGCUGUGGUGCUACGGCCACUGCUUGCUGUGCCAACGCAAAGGAAGACAGCAUCAACACCCCAGUAAGCACUCCGAGUGGGAACCCAGCCAGCUUGGUAGAAGAGGAGACUCAAGGCUAUGAUGUGGAGUUUGAUCCCCCUUUAGAAAGCAAGUAUGAGUGUCCUAUCUGCCUUAUGGCUCUGAGGGAAGCUGUGCAGACACCAUGUGGCCAUCGGUUCUGUAAAGGCUGCAUAAUCAAGUCCAUCCGGGAUGCAUGCCCCAAGUGUCCAGUAGACAAUGAGAUUCUUCAGGAAAAACAGCUGUUCCCAGAUAAUUUUGCCAAGCGAGAAAUUCUGUCUCUAACUGUGAAAUGUCCGACAGGCUGCUAUGCCAAGAUGGAGCUGAGGCGCCUGGAGGCUCACCUAGCAUCGUGUGAGUUUGCCAGCCUGGUAUGCAAACAGUGCCAAGGAUAUUUCCAAAAGAAUCAGUUAGAUGAGCACAUGAAAAUGGACUGUCCAAAGCGUGAAAUCCUCUGCGAGAACUGUGCAUUACCUAUGCCCUUUGAGCAGAAACAAGAGCAUGAGGAAAGCUGCCCUUUGGCCUAUGUGAUGUGCGAAUAUUGUCAGAUGAAUCUUAUCCGACAGCAGAUUGCUGAUCACUAUAAUGUUGAUUGCGUCAUGGCUCCGAUUUCUUGCACCUACAACACAUUUGGAUGUACAGAAAAGAUGCAGAGGAAUGAUCUGGCACGCCACCUGCAGGAGUUCACUCAGGCUCACAUGCAAAUGAUGGCAGUAACUCUGUUCGGUGUUAGCAACAGUUUAACCCCAACAACUGACCUGAAUAGCAUCUUCCCCUAUAGUGGCAGAUUUGAGUCCAGACCUCCAUCAGUCACCCCAACCCACCUCUCCACCAUACCUUCUCAUCAUGACUGCAGCCAAGAGUAUCAGAAUCUCAGGGAAACCAUUGAUCAGCUGGAAACACGUUUGGUGAGGCAGGACCACCAGAUCCGUGAGCUAAUUGCCAAAAUGGAGACUCAGAGUUCCUCUGUGGCAGAGCUAAAAAGUACCAUAAGGAACUUAGAGGACAAAAUAGUAGAGAUGGAGGCACAUCAGAGUAAUGGUGUAUUUUUGUGGAGAAUCAAAAAUUUUAGCACACUACUGAAAAACCAAGAGGAGGAUAAGCCAGUGGUUAUUCACAGCCUGGGCUUCUACACUGGGAGACCUGGCUAUAAACUUUGCCUGCGACUCCAUAUCCAGCUACCAAGUGCCCAGCGCUGCGCCAACUACAUUUCUCUCUUCAUACACACCAUGCAGGGGGAUUAUGAUAACCUCCUUCCAUGGCCUUUUCAGGGGACCAUUCGUCUUUCUAUUCUAGAUCAGUCAGAUAGUCCUGCCAAGGUGGACCAAGAAGAGGUGAUGGAGACCAAACCAGACCUGCUGGCUUUCCAGCGGCCAACCAUGCAGCGAAACCCCAAAGGCUUUGGUUAUGUCACCUUCAUGCCCCUUCAGAACCUUAAACAGCGACAAUAUGUUAAAAAUGAUACUUUACUUGUGCGUUGUGUUGUGUCCACUCACCUAGAUCUGAAUAGCCCACGUAGGGAGGGUUUCCAGCCAAGAAGCACAGACUGCAGCAUGCAACCUCCUGUUUGAAGUGUGGAGACCUUGAAUUGUAUACUUGGUGAAAGCAGUUGUGUAAGUGCAGCGAGGAAUAAUGCUAAAAUGCAGUGACUUGUUCACAUAAUUUUGCCUCUUAACAUCAGUUGUACGGUCACAACAGUUUAGUGUGAGCAGAUUCAAACUAUUCCACUGACAUAAAUCAAAUAUUUGUUCUCUUUGUGGGGCACAUGUAAUUUAGUCUUCUUAUGUGUUAUACAUACCAUUGAAAUUCAGUUUUCUGAAGUCAGUGGAGAGGAUAAUGUAAUUUAUUCUGUUUGUGAAAAGAUACAGGACAGUGUAUCUAAACUUGGCUAACAGCACUUUAGCACACUCAGUAUAUGGGCAGAGUGUAUGUGAAUAUAUAAGGUGAGUUAUACCCCUUAUACACUCAUUAGGAGAAGCAGGACACAACCCUAAGUAUAUCUGCAGCACAUGAUUCACUACAAAGAAUUGUCAUACAAAAGCUAAUCUUUUACUUCUGGUGUCUGUAACAUAACAGUUUAUGUCAGUACUGGGGGCACAUAAGAUGUUACCAGAAAACCUGAUUCAUCAUGUAGAGUGUGGAUGACUAUUGAAAGCCACCUGGAAAGGCGUAUGAAUAUUCUGCAUUGUGUAAUUAAACAAACCAUUUUUACAAUAUUAGAUUAUAUUUUUCCUUAAUAUCAUGUUGUGAAUGUAGUAAUUGGGCUUAUAAAGUUAAAGCUGUAAGCAAAGCUAUGAGGUCUCUUAAGAACCUGGAGUUUACUAUAUAUCCACUUUCUGUGUUUUAAUGGGAUGUGCAGAACUAAUAGGUCAGGUGUAUUUGAUGUACACAGUCACAAAUGUGCCUCUUAUGUUCAGAACCAAAGGGAAUAUUUAUAUAUAUAUAUAUAUAUAUAUUUUUUUUUUGUUUUUAAGAGGGAUUUGUUUUCAUUGCAUUUUUUUCAUGCAUAAAAAAUAUAUAAAACUA